AUGGAACUCGAAGCCUUGAUCGCAGCGGCACUUAAUCAAUCGCAUGAUGGUGAGGAGGCGGUUUCUAUGCUCGUUCAACUUGCCGAGCAGUCCUAUCAAAAGCAUGGCACAUAUGCGCUUUCGGAUAUUUGGAUCCAACGGCUGCUUCCCAAUCAUCAGAUGCUUACUCCACCCGGUACAUUGUUGCCCUUGUCGCCCGAGAACCAAAUCAGUGGAGCACGCACGGCGACGACCGGUCCUCUGUACACGCAUCAGUCUCGGUUUCUACAAAGCAACGACAUCACUCCAUUCGAGCAAGCUAGGAAAGGUCUGACCGCAGAUUCAGUCGGCGACAAUGGAGGCCCGCCAGCCAUCGACUUCGAUCGGCUAAAGUCACUGUUUGAUUUCUCAACGAUCGAGCCACAUUUCACAUCUACUAAAUCUGAUCGACCGCAGAAACAACAAGAUCGCCUGCAGAAACCGCCGACAGAGCCUUUCGGCAGAAGCAUGCUUCGUAGUGCAUCUCUGGGCAACCCAAGGACUCAUCUAGACCUGCUUGAGCGCGAUGGGCUGGUGCUGCAGCGUCCGCUGCAGCUCCAAGCAGGCCGUGACGCAGCUAUAGAUGCCAUCUUUGAAGCCGCACCUCACAGCUUGCUGCUCAAGUGGCCUCUGCAAGAUCAGGACAUCAUAGAACUCUAA